AUGCCGCCUACGCCGCCUAUGCUGUGCCUCACUGCUGCUGCAACCACGGCCAAUCAACGCUGUACUUCAGUAAAAUUCCAACUGUUGUUCGCUGAAUGCAGAACGAUCUCAGGAACCACGAUAAUUCCAGAACAAUCUCCUAGGCCGUCUUUUCCACAAGGAAUCCUCUAUGGUCAGAUGACUCAAAUAUGUGCAUUCCUUGCGACAAACCUUGCUGCGUAUCAGCAUGUCAACCCCGACCCAGACGCUCUGUCACUUGGGAUGGAGAUCCUUCUCGAGGUCGAGUUGGGGUCUGAGAAACUUAGAGAUGUUCUUGCUCCUACGUAG